AUGGGCGAUUAUAGUCAUAGAGAUGAUCAGACUGAAAGGAAAGAAGGGAAUGCUCUGCCCAAGAUUGAUGACCAAGAAGUCAGGGGAAGAAACAGAAGUGCUGGAAAGAUGAGAAAAGUACUUCCUGAGAGUGCCAACUUUCUGGCCACUGGAGAGCUAGAUAGAAAAGGGAUGGAAAGCAUAUUUCCCAUUGACCUUCCAAAUCUUGUCCCAGAUAACUUUGGAACUGAUUGUAGAAGAGAUGCUGAUUAUGAACUUAAUCCAAGAUUCCUUCUGGCUUUGUUGUCUGACCUGCUGAGAUUGACCAUGGGCCUGCUGGAAAGCAAUGCAGUUGGAAAGAGUGUGAGAGAAUAUGAUAACUCUGAGGGAGGAGCGGUUUUGAUAACCAUCUUGUUGGCUUUAAUACUGUUUGAGGAUGUGAGAGAAUAUGAUAACUAUGAGAAAGGAAAAGAUGUGAUAACUGUUCAGAUGACUUUAAUGAUUGUAAGAUGGGAGAGAGUGUCAUUAUUUGAGGAAAGUGAGGUUAAGACAACUUUCUUUGUGACUUUAGAGGUUUUGAUAGAAAUCUUUGUGGAUAUUAUCCGGGAAUCCACCUUUCAAGGAAAUCACACCUCAGUGGUAAUAUCAUAACUACGUUGAAGAAUAAGUUUAUUCAUUAUCUCAGAAAAUCUAUUCUUUUUCUCAUUUUUGAGCAUUUUCCAUAGAAGAUUAUCUCCAAGAAUUGAGCUGGGAUCCCUCUGACCUCCCUCAGGAAUCUCCCCCUUCAAUCCUUUUCAAAUUCCUCUCCUUAACACCACAAUUUUACUAUCAUCAGGAGUUACCAUCACCUGAGUCCAUCAUAGAAUUAUAGAAAAUAACCCCCAAUCCUUACAAGCCCUUCUCCUUACUAUCAUCCUAGGCCUUUACUUCACUAGUCUACAAGCCUGAGAACAUUGAGAAGAUCCAUUCUCAAUUGCAGACUCAGCUUAGGGCAUAACCUUCUUCGUAGCCACAGGAUUUCACGGAUUUCACGUAAUCAUCGGCACAUAUUUUCUCUCCAUCUGUUUCCUUCGUUUGAUGUUUUUUUCAUUCUCUCCUAAACACCACUUUGGAUUCGAAGCUGCCGCUUGAUACUGGCAUUUCGUUGAUGCAGUAUAACGUUUCCUCUUUAUCUCCAUCUACUGAUGAGGGUCUUAUCUUUUUAGUAUAAAAGUACAUUUAGCUUCCAAGUAAACAGUUUAAAAAUCUUAACAAAAAUCAAAUCAUUUCUAGCUUCAAUCAUCCUAUCCAUUACCCUGAGCUUCAUCCUCAUCUUUUUAUCCCUAACCCUGUAAACAAAAUCCACUUUAGAUAAAGAAAAAAGAUCUCCAUAUGAAUAUGGAUUCAAUCCGUUCUCAUCCUCCCGAAUCCCAUUUUCCCUCCAUUUCUUUUUAAUGUCAAUCAUCUUUUAAUCUUUGACGUAGAAAUUGCUCUCUUACUUUCCAUUCCUUUCACUACCUCCCUAAAAAACUCUAUAAUUACACUUUCUAUCUUCCUCAUAAUUUUAAUCCUAGGCCUAUUCUAUGAAUGAAAUCAAGAAGUAUUAGAAUGAGCAAACUA